AUGACAACACUCCCACUCCUUUCUUAUGGAUCGUGUGCGUGUGUGCGUGUGUGUGUGUGUGUGCGUGUGUGUGUAGGUGUGGAGGAGGUGGUUGAUCUGACCUGUGAGGGCUCAGAAGCUGCUGUGGUCGACCUGACCAACAACGACUCAGUGCUGCUGGUGGACGAAGGUCCUCAGACGGCCCCGGCCGCCGAGAGCUACGUCCUCAGCAGCGAUGAAGACGAGGCCACGCCCCCCCCCUUGAUGUCAUCGCCGCAGACCAGCGGCUCCUCCAGGUCGACUCCGGGGACGAUCAGCUGUCCCGUCUGUCUGGACUCAUACUCAGAGAUUGUGGACAGCGGCCGGUUGGUCGUGUCGACCAGGUGUGGCCACGUGUUUUGCAGCGUGUGUCUGCGAGACGCUCUGAAGACGUCGCACAGCUGCCCCAACUGCAGAAAGAGGCUGACCCCCCGCCAGUACCACCCGCUCUACGUCUGAUGACAUCACGCUGACAUCAUAGGCUUGCUGCUGCCGAGGUUUCAUUUAAAGAUCGUUAAUUAUAUUGUUAUUAAUUUUGAAUAAAAUGUU